AUGGCGAUUCGCGACGAGUUCAUCGCCCAACACCGGCGCGAGCAGGCGAAACGUCGACCGAGGAGGCGGCCGGCGACGGCCGGACAGCGGCCCGCGUGGGACAGCACCAUCCAUGACCUCAACGAGUACAAGCUUUCCCCGGAGCAGCUGGAGGCCAAGCUUGCCCGGCGGCGCUCCAAGCACCAGGUGGCGCUCUCGACGGACCUGAGGGCGGCGUGGGAGGCCGAGCAGGAGGCCAUCGUGCAGUCGGGUGGCACCGCGAGCGAGCGGAAAGCAGCGGCCGUGAAGGCGGACCUCUCGCGCGCCGUGAUGCGGGAGCUGGGCGCGCUCAAGGCUGAGCAGCGCGGCAGGAGCGACGUGCCGCGUCUGGAGGGCGUUGCGUCCCGCUCCGAGUCCCCCGAGGCGCCGGAGAUCCAAGGCGGGACAGGGCGAAGGCCCACGGCCGCGCAGCUCCUCGCCGAGCGGCGCCGAAGGCAGGCCGAGGCGGAGCGGCGCGCGCGCCCGCGCGUCGUGGACUUCAACCAGGAGAUCGAGGACUUCGAAGCAGCCAGGAAGGCCGCGAAAGCAGCGAGCAGGGCCGCCUCAACUGCGCCCUCGUCACCGCACCGUGCGCUUGCGCGGGGCCCACCCUCGCCGCGGCGCCAGGAAAGCACCCAGAAGGCAGCACGGAUACCUGCGGCGUCGUCCGGUCAGUCGGCAGGCGCGCCAGCGGCCGCCGCGGGCCCGUCAUCGCCGGCUGCCCCCGACACAAGCGCAGCCCCGCGACGGGAGGAGCCGGCGGCGCCGGAGACCGAGGCGCGGCUGCGGCGAGAGUUCGAGGACUUCCGCGGGCAUGCCAGCACGAUGCUCUCCCGCAUCCAACAGCAGAUACAACAGUUGCUGGACCCGGCCAACGCCCCGAAGCCGUCCGGGGACACGCCCGACACCUCGAUGGUGCGCGAGCGCACCGCUGCGGCGCCGGAGCCCGCGCGACGUGCGCCUGAGGGCGCCCCGGAGCUGCCGGCGCGGAGAGCGCAGCCGGCGUACGUGCCGCCGGUCGAUCCCACGCGGCUGCGAGCGGUGCAUCCGGGCCUGGAGGCCAAGAUGCCUGGCGGGGGCGUCCUGCGCGACCCCACUCCCCUGGAGGACAUCGAAGCAACGCUCCCCACCUACCAGGCGGUGCGGGCGGUCGCGAUGCAGCGGCAGGGCGCACUCGCGGACGAGGCGCGCAUGCACCUCGAGGCGUGCCCGAUGCCACGCGGCGCCGCGCCGCCCGCCCCGACCACGCAGCCCGGCGGCACGCAGGCAGCAGAGGCGGCAGCCGCGGAGCUUGCCGACGCAGCUGGGGCGCCGGUGCUCGCGGGCGAGGACGGGCGGGCACAGAUGCACGAUCCGGCGCGCGUGGGCACGGCGGAGCUGCCAGUCAACCGUUUCCUGCGCCGAGAGGACGGCCGCGUGGCGGUGGCGUUCCCUCCGCACGAUCCGAGCAGCCUGCGGAGCGAGGUGGACAAGCUGCUGGAGUCGUACCACGCGGCGAGGCGCAACUUGCCGCAGCCAGUGACGCAGCGCAGCAGUGCACCCCCGCCGCUGCGCUCCGGCGUCGUGGACGUGGCGUCGCUGCUGGUGCAGCGCGGGCAGGCGGCGCGCGGGCCGGUCAUGCCGCGGGACUCGAUGGCGCUGGCCGUGCACGCAGCGGAGGGGGCUGUGGCGUAG